AUGGCUGAUGCUGAAGAAAGACUCCGCUUAAGGUUGGACUGGCACAAUUUGAUACCCCCAUGGCUAAGACGUCGCCAGUUAGGGCUGCAAACAAAAGACCAGAAUUUCAUGCUGGAGGGUUCCGCCUUCUGGAUCUUCGGUGGCUCCGUGCACUACUUCCGGGUACCCAGACAGUACUGGAAAGACCGUCUGCUGAAGCUUAAAGCCUGUGGCUUGAACACCCUCACCACCUAUGUUCCCUGGAACCUCCAUGAGCCAGAAAGAGGCAAAUUUGACUUCUCCGGGAACCUAGAUCUGGAAGCCUUCAUCUGGAUGGCUGCAGAGCUUGGGCUAUGGGUGAUUCUUCGUCCAGGGCCCUAUAUCUGCAGUGAGGUUGACCUUGGGGGAUUACCCAGCUGGCUACUCCAAGACCCUGACAUGAAGCUGAGAACCACAUACAAGGGCUUCACCAAGGCCACGGACCAUUACUUUGAUCACCUAAUGUCCAGGGUGGUGCCCCUCCAGUAUAAACACGGGGGACCCAUUAUUGCUGUGCAGGUGGAGAAUGAAUAUGGUUCUUAUAACAAAGACCCAGCCUACAUGCCUUAUAUCAAGAAGGCCUUAGAAGACCGGGGCAUUGUGGAGCUGCUCCUGACCUCAGACAACAAGGAUGGCCUGAGCAAGGGUGUCGUCGAUGGAGUGCUGGCCACCAUUAACUUACAGUCACAAAAUGAACUAAAUUUACUAACCACAUUUCUCUUAAAUGCCCAGGGACUUCAGCCCAAGAUGGUGAUGGAGUACUGGACUGGCUGGUUUGACUCGUGGGGUGGCCCUCACAACAUCUUGGAUUCUUCUGAGGUUUUAAAAACCGUGUCUGCCAUCAUCUAUGCUGGCUCCUCCAUCAACCUCUACAUGUUCCAUGGAGGGACCAACUUUGGCUUCAUCAACGGAGCCAUGCAUUUUAACGAAUACAAGUCCGAUGUCACCAGCUAUGAUUAUGACGCAGUUCUGACAGAGGCUGGAGACUACACAGCCAAGUACUUCAAGCUUCGCGAGUUUUUUGGCUCCCUCUCAGGUUCCCCACUGCCCCUGCCACCUGACCUUCUGCCUAAGACCACCUAUGAGCCACUGAUGCCAGCAUAUUACCUGUCCCUGUGGGAUGUCCUGAAGUACCUGGGGGAGCCUAUCAAGUCUGAGAAGCCAGUCAACAUGGAGAACCUGCCUGUGAAUGAUGGGAAUGGUCAGUCCUUUGGAUACACGCUGUACGAGACCAACAUCGCCUCCUCUGGUGUCCUCAGUGGUCUUGUGCGCGACCGGGGACAGGUGUUUGUGAAUACAGUGUCCAUAGGCUACUUGGACUACAACAAGAAGCAGAUCAAUAUACCCUUGGUUCAGGGCUACACGGUGCUGAGGAUCUUGGUGGAGAAUCGUGGGCGUGUCAACUACGGGGAAAAUAUCGAUGACCAGCGCAAAGGUUUAAUUGGAGACCUCUACCUAGAUGGCUUGCCCCUGAAAAAGUUUAGAAUCUAUAGCCUGGAUAUGAAAAAGAGCUUCUUUCAGAAGUUUGACAUCAACAGGUGGAGCUCUGUCCCAGAAGUACCUACGUCCCCUGCUUUCUUCUUGUUUGGCUUGUCAGUUGGCCCCUCCCCUGCUGACACCUUUCUGAAGCUGGAGGGCUGGGAAAAGGGCGUUGUAUUCAUUAAUGGCCAAAACCUCGGGCGAUACUGGAACAUUGGACCCCAGGAGACCCUCUAUCUUCCAGGAGCCUGGUUGGACCCAGGUAACAACCAGGUCAUUGUGUUCGAGGAGAAGAUGGCAGGCCCGAUGAUCCAGGCCGUGGAAACACCUCACCUAGGCAGGAACCAGUACAUUGACUAGGGGCCGCCCGGCACCCUCCUGCUGACCAGAGGGCAGAAGAGAGCGCCUUCACACCCUCUCCUGGAGGCUAGCGUUCUCAGGUAGUAGCUGCAGCGUUGGCUGGCUCCAUCUCAACCUGCUGCCUCCACUCCACAGCCUGGGGGACUGAAGAAAGGGGGUGUGAGUGAGGCAAGGGGGGCCCUUUCAUACCUUGGUGGUUUGUAGUGGUGAUGCUUAUCCUAAACCUCUUACCUUCUGGAUGAAGACCAAGUCAUGUCCCUGCAGGCCUGGGGACUUGAAUCAGAGCAUGUGUGGUGAGUGCCUACAAAUGAGGCCAUGCGGAUGAGUUGGGCAUACGCUCCUGGCUCACAGCUCACACACACAUGCUCCUCAAAUGCAGUCUUCGCAACUGGAUUUUGCCACACUUCCGUUCUGCAACCGUGGGGUUGAGGAUAAGGGAGGAAUGGGCAUCGUGCCAGUGCUGACUCCCUUUCUUCUUCGAAACCCCACCCACUUUCUUCCCUGAGGUUCUGGACGACACCUGUUUGAGAGGCACACGCCUGCUUGUUCCCGUUCUAACUUUUAAAAUCAGGAGGAGAAACCCAAACUUCAGAGGCAAAAAUACCCAGCCACGUUUUUUUCCUGAUUAGAGUUUGUCCCCCCCACCCCCCAACUUUGCUUAAUGAGAAUAAAUGAAGCAUCGACUGAGGAGGAAAUAAAGACUCUACAGGACUGACUCCCAAUAUCUGAACACUUGGGAUACUCAGCUGACA